AUAUUUCCAUUUCAGAACAAAAUCCCUAUUCUUAAUGGUUAAUGUGACCCUUUAUGUUUUUUUCAUCAGUCAGUCUUUACCUAUAUUCUAUCUUACCUAGCUAAACCUCACUUUGAAUCUAAGCCUGUUCAAUUUCUGCUCUUUUUUGUUCCUAACACUUUUUUUAACUUCCACUCCUUCCAUUUUGGUCCAUUAUUUGAUUGUUUUUUCCUCUUUCUUUGUUACUUCUUCCAACCAUUUUGUUAGAAUAGCAGUUUCAGUAACUAAAGCUUUGAACUUUGUGAUCUUUUUUGUAUUUCUUGAAAAUCCCACUUCAAAUUAGUGAAAAUUCCUCCUGUUCUUUCUUUUUGCUUCAUUUUUAAAAUUAAAUGUGGGUAUUUUCAAUUUUCCCAAGUGAAUGAAUUCUUUAAUUGGUGGGUAUUUUUCAACAAAAUUCCUUACCACAAAAAGCAGUGUGUAACUCUUUUUGCAAGAAAAUGAGAACGUUAACUUGGGUUUUGUUUCAAUUUGCCAUUUUAGGAGUAUUCACUGUUAAAUGUUACUCUUUUGUAUCUGUUGAAGUUUGGGCUCUUACUGCCUUUAAAGAAGCCAUUUAUGAUGACCCAUAUCUGGUUAUGUCUAAUUGGAAUGGUUUAGAUUCCACUCCUUGUGGAUGGCAUGGAGUUAUCUGUUCAAUGGCUAAAGAUCAUGUUGUUAAGCUGAACAUUUCUGGAUCAUAUGUGAAGGGAUUUGUUGCUCCUGAAUUGAGUCUACUGUCAAAUUUGCAGGAAUUACACCUUCAUGGGAAUAAUUUGAUUGGGAUUAUUCCUAAAGAAAUUGGGAAAUUGAAGAAUCUCAAGGUUUUGGAUCUUGGAGCAAAUCAUCUAUCUGGGCCAAUUCCACAUGAAAUGGGGAAUUUAAAUAGCCUUGUGAAAAUGAACCUUCAGUCUAAUGGGUUGACGGGAUCGAUACCUCCUGAGCUUGGAAAUUUAAAAAAUAUUCAGGAGCUUUACUUGGACCGAAAUAAGCUCCAAGGAUCUGUACCUGGUGUUGGUACCGCCGAUUUUACUGAGAAUAUGCAUGGAAUGUAUGCAUCCAAUCGGAAACCUGCUGGCUUUUGUGGCUCACCUCAGCUAAAAGUUGCUGAUUUCUCAUUUAAUUUCUUUGUUGGGAGCAUACCUAAAUGCUUGCUACAUCUGCCGAGUUCAAGUUUUCAGGGGAACUGUCUUCAAGAUAAGGAUUCAAAACAGCGCUCUGUAGCACAAUGUGGAGCUUCAACUACUGAUAAAACACAUCCACAUGUUAAUGUGGGUGCAAAGCAUAAGCCUUCCGAGAAUCAAGCUGAUCAUCAGAAACCAUCAAGACCUACUUGGUUGCUGGCUUUAGAAAUUGUGACCGGGACCCUGGUGGGUCUCCUCAUACUUACCGCCCUAAUCACCACUUAUAAAAGAUUCAACAGUAAAUCAUCUAUGAUUAUCCCUUGGAAGAAAUCCGGAAGUGACAAAGAACGCUUGGCUGUUUCCAUCGAUUCUGAGCUGUUGAAAGAUAUAGUAAAAUUCAACCGACAAGAGCUUGAAGUGGCUUGUGAAGAUUUUAGUAAUAUUAUAGGAUCGUCCUCCGAUAGUAUGGUUUACAAAGGCACAAUGAAAGGUGGAUCCGAGAUUGCUGUGAUUUCCUUUUGCAUCAAAGAAGAGCAAUGGACUGGCUAUUACGAGCUGUAUUUCCAGAAAGAGGUGGCAGAUUUAGCGAGACUAAAUCAUGAGAAUGCGGCUAAACUGUUGGGCUAUUGUCGAGAGAGUCCUCCUUUUACAAGGAUGCUUGUUUUGGAGUAUGCAUCUAAUGGAACAUUGUAUGAGCACUUGCAUUCCAUGUUUGCCGAUGGAGAGGGCUGCCAGUUAUCGUGGACACGGCGUAUGAAAAUCAUAAUUGGCAUUGCCCGUGGAUUGAGAUAUCUUCAUACGGAACUUGACCCUCCUUUUACUAUAUCCGAGUUGAAUUCAAAUGCCGUAUAUCUUACUGAAGAUUUUUCACCCAAGCUGGUUGAUUUUGAAAGCUGGAAGACUAUCAUCGCAAGAUCGGAGAAGAAUUCAUCUGCCAUAGAUGGCAGUGGUUCUAUAUGUGUUCUGCCGCGUUCUAUUGAAGCUCGCCAUCUAGACUUAAAGGGUAACGUGUAUGCAUUCGGAGUACUCUUACUUGAGAUCGUCAGUGGCAGACCACCCUUCUGCAAAGAAACCGGAAGCUUGGUAGACUGGGCUAGAGAGUACCUCGAGGUAGCUGAACUAAUGCCUAAUAUAGUCGACAAACAACUGAAGCAUUUCGAACAUGAGGACCUCAAAGCCGUUUGUGAGGCGGCAAGUCUUUGCCUAAAUCCCGAACCCAUCAAGCGACCAUUGAUGCACGACUUGUGCACAUUGCUGGAGAGCCGCAUUGAUCUUUCUCUGUCAGCUGAGCUCAGAUCAUCUUCUUUAGCGUGGGCGGAACUGGCUCUCUCGACAUAAUAGUGUUGAUACUAACAUACUUACUGUAAAGCAAAUUAUAGUCGAUAUGAUACCGUUCCCUCUUCCUUUUUCCCUCAUGCUGUCAAGGCGUCACCCAUCUAUUUCAUUGGGCUUUCUUCAUUGAUGAUCGUGUAAAGUUUUUCGUUUUCCUUCCCUUCUUGGUUAGGCAUAUAUAUAUAGAGAGAGAGAAGCUUCAUGGAUGGCUUAGAUGAUACUGUCACGAAUGUACACCGAGUUUGUUGCUAGUUGAUUAAUAGAAGUAUUAGUAAAUGAA